GCUUGACUACCUUUAUCAACAACUGGCUUACCUGACGUCAUCAGUUCCAGGAAGAUUGCUGUUCUCCUACCUACUGGUUCCAGAUCAGCUAACAAAAGACAAAUAUUGUGGCUGUGUGGCUACUCUGCAACAAGGUAAAGGCGACCCAGGUCAGUUUUGGUGGUACGCGAUUGCGCGCACGUCCGAAUGUGUGCAGGGAGUGCGCGUGUUCCAUUGACAGUCUUAUGCAAGCCACCCUGCACACAGGCAAGAUGUCCGAAGCUGCUGCUGUAUCAGACAACAACAGACUAAAUGGUAUGUGUCGUCGAAAUGCUUAGUUAUAUUUUGCUGUCAUUCUAACUGUUUAUUAGAAAACUUGUCAGGUAAUUUGAAACUGUGUCUUCUGAUACUUUACUAUCUGGUUUUGAGAGAUAAAACAAUAUCUACUGAGCUUUGGGUUGAUUUUCUAUGUAGACAUGGAGAAAGGUUGUGGGAGGGACAACAUUGUGAACUGUGUGCUAUUUCUGUAUUGACAGUAUCAUGGACCAAUAGGAUUUUAAGAGGCGGUGUAAACUGUAUGAUUGACCAGCAGUAAACCAAUUGUUGAUGGACGAGGUGCUGAAUAGGCGGGCAAUUUUGACGUCAACAAGACAUAGAGAUAAAUAGAGGACUCAUCUUUAUCUGUGCAAUUAUAGCUUCUAUGGCAGGAUGGGCAGCGCCAUUGAGGCUACAACCCACAGGAACCUCCACCCAGUAUUUGAAUACUAUGACUACUUUAAAAUGGCGGUAGCAUGGUGGAUGCCCUCAAUGGCGCUGUAUACGCUAAAAUGGCCCUUUGGCCACUAGAGGCUUCUAUCAUUCUCUAUGCAACAAGACACGAUGGAAGAAGUCUGAGAAAUCAAAAAUGGGGUUUGGCCAAAUGUUCGGAAAUUAAACAUUUAAUUAGUUCACAUACCCAAGGGCUGAGGAAAAAAACAUUACGAAAACCUAACGAAAUAUACUUAGACAUAUUACUAAAGUAUUUAGGUUUUUAUGCAUAAUCAGCUAAUUUUACAUUAUGUAACAAUGUAAUAGCUACUUGCCGUCGAUGUAAACAGUAAAUAUAGCCUACUGGGCUAUUUAAUCUGGGUUUGACUAGAUGGGAUGCAGCUAAUGUCUGAAAGAAGUGACUUUUCGUAGCAGGUUAGGAUAAUUAGGUUGAGGUUAGGAAAGGGGUUAGGGUUAGCUAAAAUGCGAAAAAAACUCGCCGACGCGACUCGAACAUGCGACUUCUGACGUCACUUUGUCAUUAGCUGCAUCCCUUCUAGCCAUGACCAGUUAAUCUGCGAGUGUGAAUUUAAAUGUAGACCAACCAGCAAAGAGUAUCUUGAUACACCUACAAGCGCACCUCAACACACCUGUCAAUGUGGGAUUGCUGCACUCGACAGUCUGGUCAAUUUGUAUACAGCCUGAUACCUAAUGGAAAAUAAUAAUACAAAAUGAUCAGUCUAAUGCUCUAUGUCAUAUCAUAUGCUUUAUUACAGGUGUAUUCACUAUAUCAGCCCCAAACAUACAUUUUAACACAAUUUAAUCUUAACAUUGCAUUGUGAUCUUCCUUUGUCAGAGCCUUUACUCAACUGUGUUUGUCGUUAUGAGUGUGUCUAUAUGGAUAUGUCCUGUUAGCACAUAUUGAUGGAGUAUGUGAUCAGACUGGAAUGGACUGAGGGACGUGUUUAUCAGAGUGUCACACACACCAUGCAUCUGGAGUAAUCAGACAGUCAGCUCUGUGUUAACCUGCCUUUAUGGGGCUGGGUUUGGAUGUGGUGAAGCAUUACCAAGCCCUGAACCAGGGGGGCUCGUUGACUUGGCGCGCUGAUUUAUUUAUGGGCACAGUGACGCGGGAACAGACGUUCUGGACAUGUGGAGAAAGUUUUUCAGGACACACCAGGGCCAGGAGGGGUGGAGUACGAAAGUGGGGGUGGUGAGGCGGGGGAUCAGAAGCCUUUCAUUCUGAAGUUUGAGAGUACAUGUCGUGUCAGUUACUUGCUAGCUGCUGUGAGGGCCAGGGAGGGAACAGGUUUGUUAUUGCUAGAGACAGCUUACUCACUCUGCCUAUAAAUAAGUGGACACUCAUUUUUGCUGUGUAAUUCUCACAAUUGAGUAAAGCUUCCUGUCCACUGAAGCGUCAUUGUCGAAUAAAAAAGUUUGGUAACAGAAUGACAGCACAAACAGUCAUUCUGUUACCAAACUUUGUAUCUGCACUGUUCUUCAAGUAAAUGUGUUUUUGUAAAAAUACAUGUGGAAAUUGUUAAAAGUAGUCCUUGUGCAUAGAGUUAUAUUGUUUGUUUAACUUUGCAAUCAUUGGUUUUUGUUUGACACAUUUUAAAGGGAUACAUCUGAGUCUCAGCAUCACUCUGUUACAAUGGAAUUGCCCAUCUCACUCCCAUCCAUACACUAGAAAUUCAGUUGACUUUACUCUUCUAUUGUGAGUCUUUGGAGCCAUUGGUUAUAUUUUAUGGUAAGAACGAACCAGGAGCUAUGUUUCUCUACCCCUUUUUGUUUGAAUCUUUUCAGGGUGUCUACCAAGUCUCUAUGCUGUUUAAUGGAUCCCCCACACCCAAUAAGUCAGGUUAAAUGCUUCAGCCAUACAAAAGUUAUACUUAAAUCCGAACUGGUUCUCCAGCAAAUUAGUAAGAUUGUCUCACCCCAUGUUCAAGAAUGGCCUUUUUCCCUUUAUUCAGUCAUACAAAAGUUAUACUUAAAUCCGAACUGGUUCUCUAGCAAAUUAGUAAGAUUGUCUCACCCCAUGUUCAAGAAUGGCCUUUUUCCCUUUAUUCAGAUUACAUCCUCUCACUUUCAGUUAUUUGAAAAGGAAAUCAUCUCCCAAAUAUCACUAUUUCUAAAACAAGCCAUAGAAAGUUGGUUGCAAUUUCAAUUGAAUCCUCCAGAAACGACAGUACAAAUAAUGCAACAAAUAUUGUGGUUAAACUCAAAUAUACUAAUUGAUAAAAAAACAUUAUUUUUUGAAAAAUAUUUUUUUAAAGGUAUAAUCUUCGUAAAUGAUAUCAUAGGUAGGACUGGUGGAGUUAUGUCGCACAUGCAGCUAACAAAGACAUGGAAGUGUCUGCUCUACCCAAAAUUUCAACCAAAUAAUUGCAGCAUUACCGCAAAAAUGGAAGAGGAAAGUGGAAGGGGGAAAAAAUAAGGAACUUGUCUGUCGGCCCUGCAUUAAAGAACAUAAUUGGUUAAAGAAAAUUGUGAUAAAUAAAAAAGUAUACCAAUUUAAUUUAAGGACCAAAGGAUUGACAGCCGUCCCAUAUAGAUUGCAAAAUAGUUGGGAAGAGAUUUUUGACGUACCGAUUCCAUGGCAUAGUGUUUAUGAACUGAUACACAAAACGACGGCGGAUUCAAAACUUAGAAUUUUUCAAUUUAAAUUAUUAUACAAAAUUCUUGCUACCAAUAGAAUGUUAUUUAUAUGGGGGAUACAAUCUUCCCAGCUCUGCAGAUUUUGCUGCGAAGAGACAGAAUCAUUAGAUCAUUUGUUGAGGGAUGGGACUAAUAACAACUAACAACAACUAAUAACAACAAGAUAACUAAUGUAAAGCAUACUGUGUCCAUAAUAAGUAUAUAGGUUAUAGGUUGUGAGCUUUUCUGAAAGAGCACAGUUAGAAAGAUAUGGCAUAAAGAAGCAAACCGGAUGGACGUCAUGAAAAGGAUCAGAGAGGUUGAGGGUAGAGGAAGUUCAGGAGUAAAAACAAACAAAAUAUAAUUAUUGUUAAAAAAAAUUAUAUGCCCUGGCUAAGGGAAGGAGGUUCUCACCCAAGAUUUGACGGUACAUGGCCCCGUCCAUCGUUCCUUUGAUGCGGUGAAGUUGUCCUGUCCCCUUAGCAGAAAAACACCCCCAAAGCAUAAUGUUUCCACCUCCAUGUUUGACGGUGGGGAUGGUGUUCUUGGGGUCAUAGGCAGCAUUCCUCCUCCUCCAAACACGGCAAGUUGAGUUGAUGCCAAAGAGCUCCAUUUUGGUCUCCUCUGACCACAGCACUUUCACCCUGUUCUCCUCUGAAUCAUUCAGAUGUUCAUUGGCAAACUUCAGACGGGCAUGUAUAUGUGCUUUCUUGAGCAGGGGGACCUUGCGGGCGCUGCAGGAUUUCAGUCCUUCACGGCGUAGUGUGUUACCAAUUGUUUUGGUCCCAGCUGCCUUGAGAUCAUUGACAAGAUCCUCCCGUGUGGUUUUGGGCUGAUUCCUCACCGUUCUCAUGAUCAUUGCAACUCCACGAGGUGAGAUCUUGCAUGGAGCCCCAGGCCGAGGGAGAUUGACAGUUCUUUUGUGCUUCUUCCAUUUGCGAAUAAUCGCACCAACUGUUGUCACCUUCUCACCAAGCUGCUUGGCGAUGGUCUUGUAGCCCAUUCCAGCCUUGUGUAGGUCUACAAUAUUGUCCCUGACAUCCUUGGAGAGCUCUUUGGUCUUGGCCAUGGUGGAGAGUUUGGAAUCUGAUUGAUUGAUUGCUUCUGUGGACAGGUGUCUUUUAUACAGGUAACAAGCUGAGAUUAGGAGCACUCCCUUUAAGAGUGUGCUCCUAAUCUCAGCUCAUUACCUGUAUAAAAGACACCUGGGAGCCAGAAAUCUUUCUGAUUGAGAGGGGGUCAAAUAGUUAUUUCCCUCAAUGAAAUGCAAAUCAAUUUAUAACAUUUUUGACAUGUGUUUUCUGGAUUUUUUGGUUGUUAUUCUGUCUCUCACUGUUCAAAUAAACCUACCAUUAAAAUUAUAGACUGAUAAUUUCUUUGUCAGUGGGCAAAUGUACAAAAUCAGCAGGGGCUCAAAUAAAUUUUUCCCUCACUGUAUUUAUGUAUGUAUAUAUAUAUAUAUAUAUAUAUAUAUAUAUAUAUAUAUAUUUGCGAGAAGAAAAAAAAAACAUAUGGGGGAUUGGAAGUGAUGCAGAAAAAUUGUAAGUCAGGUCUCCAGGAGCUUCAUGGGGUUUUGGUGGGCUUUGUUCCUGUGGGGUUCAAGCCAGUUUGACAAGGGGUUGUGGAUGGUGGUCAGGUCAUAACACUUCCUGGGCUUCUCUGUGACCCCCUACAACAGCUGAUAAUGGCUACACGACAGAGGGAAGAGCAGCCAGAAUGUUCGGCUCACCACCGGCGCCAUGGUAACCUUGUUUAGGCCAUGGAGCAUAGACAAUAGCUGUAGACAGUGGCUCGGCUCAGGCCACUGUGUCAUCCUCGGGAUGAGCCUGGGUGCUGACUGAGUGGCUAAGUCGGCUAGGCUAACUGUCACAUGACCAGUGUGUUUACUCUCUGCUAUGAGCUCAUGUGCUCUGCUUGUGAGCUCUAGCUUCCUCAUUUCUGGGAGGAUGUGUGAAGGAAAAAGAGAGAGAGAUUUGAAAUGUCUUUAUUCCUUUGAAAUGUUUGUGAGUAUAAUGUUUCUGUUCAUUUUUGAUUGUUUAUUUAACUUUUAUUUCUUAUCUAUUUCACUUGCAUUGGCAAUGUAAAUAUAUGUUUCCCAUGCCAAUAAAGCCCUUUGCAUUGAAUUGAGAGACUGGAUGUCUCUCCAGUGUCAGUAUGUGGAUGUCUCUUGCCCUGCAGCCACUUGCCUACCAAUAUAGCAGUGGUCCCCCCCCCCCUACCAAUAUAGCAGUGGUCCCCCCCCCCUACCAAUAUAGCAGUGGUCCCCCCCCCCCUACCAAUAUAGCAGUGGUCCCCCCCCCCCUACCACUAUAGCAGUUGUCCCCCCCCCUACCAAUAUAGCAGUGGUCCCCCCCCCCUACCAAUAUAGCAGUGGUCCCCCCCCCUACCAAUAUAGCAGUGGUCCCCCCCCCCCCUACCAAUAUAGCAGUGGUCCCCCCCCCCUACCAAUAUAGCAGUGGUCCCCCCCCCUACCAAUAUAGCAGUGGUCCCCCCCCCCCUACCAAUAUAGCAGUGGUCCCCCCCCCCUACCAAUAUAGCAGUGGUCCCCCCCCCCUACCAAUAUAGCAGUGGUCCCCCCCCCUACCAAUAUAGCAGUGGUCCCCCCCCCUACCAAUAUAGCAGUGGUCCCCCCCCCUACCAAUAUAGCAGUGGUCCCCCCCCCCUACCAAUAUAGCAGUGGUCCCCCCCCCCCCCCCCCCCUACCAAUAUAGCAGUGGUCCCCCCCCCCCCUACCAAUAUAGUAGUGGUCCCCCCCCCCCCCUACCAAUAUAGCAGUGGUCCCCCCCCCCCUACCAAUAUACAGUGGGGAGAACAAGUAUUUGAUACACUGCCGAUUUUGCAGGUUUUCCUACUUACAAAGCAUGUAGAGGUCUGUAAUUUCUAUCAUAAGUACACUUCAACUGUGAGAGACGGACUCUAAAACAAAAAUCCAGAAAAUCACAUUGUAUGAUUUUUAUGUAAUUAAUUUGCAUUUUAUUGCAUGACAUAAGUAUUUGAUACAUCAGAAAAGCAGAACUUAAUAUUUGGUACAGAAACCUUUGUUUGCAAUUACAGAGAUCAUACGUUUCCUGUAGGUCUUGACCAGGUUUGCACACACUGCAGCAGGGAUUUUGGCCCACUCCUCCAUACAGACCUUCUCCAGAUCCUUCAGGUUUCGGGGCUGUCUCUGGGCAAUACGGACUUUCAGCUCCCUCCAAAGAUUUUCUAUUGGGUUCAGGUCUGGAGACUGGCUAGGCCACUCCAGGACCUUGAGAUGCUUCUUACGGAGCCACUCCUUAGUUGCCCUGGCUGUGUGUUUCGGGUCGUUGUCAUGCUGGAAGACCCAGCCACGACCCAUCUUCAAUGCUCUUACUGAGGGAAGGAGGUUGUUGGCCAAGAUCUCGCGAUACAUGGCCCCAUCCAUCCUCCCCUCAAUAUGGUGCAGUCGUCCUGUCCCCUUUGCAGAACAGCAUCCCCAAAGAAUGAUGUUUCCACCUCCAUGCUUCACGGUUGAGAUGGUGUUCUUGGGGUUGUACUCAUCCUUCUUCUUCCUCCAAACACGGCGAGUGGAGUUUAGACCAAAAAGCUCUAUUUUUGUCUCAUCAGACCACAUGACCUUCUCCCAUUCCUCCUUUGGAUCAUCCAGAUGGUCAUUGGCAAACUUCAGACGGGCCUGGACAUGCGCUUGGCUUGAGCAGGGGGACCUUGCGUGCGCUGCAGGAUUUUAAUCCAUGACGGCGUAGUGUGUUACUAAUGGUUUUCUUUGAGACUGUUGUCCCAGCUCUCUUCAGGUCAUUGACCAGGUCCUGCUGUGUAGUUCUGGGCUGAUCCCUCACCUUCCUCAUGAUCAUUGAUGCUCCACAAGGUGAGAUCUUGCAUGGAGCCCCAGACCGAGGGUGAUUGACCGUCAUCUUGAACUUCUUCAAUUUUCUAAUAAUUGCGCCAACAGUUGUUGCCUUCUCACCAAGCUGCUUGCCUUUUGUCCUGUAGCCCAUCCCAGCCUUGUGCAGGUCUACAAUUUUAUCCCUGAUGUCCUUACACAGCUCUCUGGUCUUGGCCAUUGUGGAGAGGUUGGAGUCUGUUUGAUUGAGUGUGUGGACAGGUGUCUUUUAUACAGGUAACGAGUUCAAACAGGUGCAGUUAAUACAGGUAAUGAGUGGAGAACAGGAGGGCUUCUUAAAGAAAAACUAACAGGUCUGUGAGAGCCGGAAUUCUUACUGGUUGGUAGGUGAUCAAAUACUUAUGUCAUGCAAUAAAAUGCAAAUGAAUUACUUAAAAAUCAUACAAUGUGAUUUUCUGGAUUUUUGUUUUAGAUUCCGUCUCUCACAGUUGAAGUGUACCUAUGAUAAAAAUUACAGACCUCUACAUGCUUUGUAAGUAGGAAAACCUGCAAAAUCUGCAGUGUAUCAAAUACUUGUUCUCCCCACUGUAGCAGUGGUCCCCCCCCCCCACACACACAUAUAUAUAUAUACAUACAUACAGUGCAUUGGGAAAGUAUUCAGACCCCUUUUGUUACGUUGCAGCCUUAUUCUAAAAUGGAUUAAAUUAUAUGUUUUCCUCAUCAAUCUACACACAAUACCCCAUAAUGACAAAACGAAAACAGGUUUUUAGAAAAUUUUGCAAAUGCCAAGCGUCAUUUUAGAAUAAGACUGUAACGUAACAAAAUGUGGAAAAAGUCAAGGGGGCUGAAUACUUUCCGAAUGCACUGUGUGUGUAUAUAUUCUUCUUUAUUUUUUAAGAAACUCAGUCCGGUUUUCAUCUUACUCUUGGAAGUUGUAAUAGUAGAAUGCAGAGGUGCAAUUUCGAAAUUGGGUAGUGCAUCAUCAGUUUUCCUCUUGUCAUGUCAGUCAUUGCAUACCUUAGAGAGCUAUUUAUAACUUGUAAGAAAUGUCCAGAUCAACUAGCCCAUGUCAGCUAUGUUUUACAGGCCAUAGAUUUUGUUGUAAUGUUUGAGUCACCCAAAUAUCACAUGAAUACACAUUAGACAUUUGCAAAAUGUAUAUAAUUGCAAGAAAGUUACCUUUAAAACUGCAAAAUGUUCUCUGCACCCCAUGACAAAAUGUGUAGGAUUGCAGGAAAUAAGCUUUAAACCUGCAACAAAUUCUCUCCACCAACAAGAGGGGUGUGAACAGUUUGUGUCAUGAACAGUGCUUGUGCCCAUAGAAAUAGACGUGGCGCACGCACGCUCAGGGGGGGCGCGGGAUGUUCCCCAAUGCUGGAAGGGGGGCUUGAGUGCAAAAGUUUGGGAACACCUGCAAUAGAGGACUACAAUGGAAACCAGUGUUUGACUUUUUGUGUGUAUAAUCCUCUGCGAUUUUGGUACAUGUAUUGGUUGCCUGGUGUGGCUUGUUUAUGUAUUUCAAAUUGCCAAAUCAAAAUUCCAGUGUCAGUGUGACUCCCAAGAGUUUGUAUGCUAGCUGUUUUUGGCACUCUCCCCUGUAGCGAGUCCCUGCCUGGGCUCACGUAGGAGCAUGGAUCAGCUGGCUUGUAUAUCAUACCAGGGACUGUAAGAAGUGACAGCACACAGAGGUAUUUACUGCCCUUUCACCAUGAAGUAAAUAGAUAUAAGACCGGCUUAGGGAGGGUUAAACUUUCAUACUUGUGGUUGUGUGUUUCUGCCAGACUUUCUGACUGUCUAGCUCAGUGUUCAACACAUAGUGCCCUCCAAGCUCAUCACUAAGCUCUGGACCCUGGGACUAAACACCUCCCUCUGCAACUGGAUCCUGGACUUCCUGAUGGGCCGCCCCCUGGUGGUGAGGGUAGGCAACAACACACCCGCCACGCUGACCCUCAACACGGGGGCCACUCAGGGGUGUGUGCUUAGUUUCCUCCUGUACUCCCUGUUCACCCACCACUGAGGGGCUGCGCACAACCCCAACACCAUCAUUAAGUUUGCUGACAACACGACGGUGGUAAGCCUGAUCACCGACGACAAUGAGACAGCCUAUAGGGAGGUCAGUGAGCUGGCAGUGUGGUGCCAGGACAAAAACCUCUACCUGAAUGUCAGCAAGACAAAGGAACUGAUCAUGAACUACAGGAAACGGAGUGCCGAGCACGCCCCCAUCCACAUCGACGGGGAUGUAGUGGUGCGGGUUGAGAGCUUCAUGUUCCUCGGUGUCCACAUCACUAAGGACUUUUCAUGGUUCAAACACACCAACACAAUAGUAAAGAAGUUACGACAACACCUCUGAAAAUAUUUGUCAUGGGCCAUCAGAUCCUCAAAGUUUUACAGCUGCACCAUUGAAAGCAUCUUGACUGGCUGCAUCACCGCUUGGUAUGGCAACUGUUUGGCAUCCGACCGCAAGGCGCUACAGAGGGUAGUGCGGACUGUAUAUAGCUGCCCAGACUAUCUGCAUUGACACUUUUUGCACUAACUCUUUUGACUCAUCACAUACACUGCUGCUACCUUUUAUUAUCUAUCCUGUUGCCUAGUCACUUUACCCCUACCUAUAUGUACAUAUCUUCCUCAAUUGCCUCUUACCCCUGCACAUCGACUUUGUACUGGUACCCUGUGUAUAUAGCGAAGUUAUAGUUACUCAUUGUGUAUUUAUUCUUCGUGUCAUAGUUUUUUUUCUAAAAUUUUUAUAUUUUUCUCUCUGCAUUGUUGGGAAGGGCCAAUAAGCAUUUCACUGUUAGUAAGUAAUCAUUUUCACCUGCUUACGAAACGUUUGAUCUUCAUCCUCUCCAUCCUCCCUUGUCUACGUUUUUUCAUCAGUUGUCAAUGUUUUUCUUAUAAUUGUUAGUUCAGCAUACAGGCACAAUGUCCCAAGGUCUGCUCUAACAGAAACCAUAGUAAUAACAUUGACAAUGAGAUACAAAAACAUACCGAAGUUGCCCUCUAGAGCUCAAUAGGAAUAUGUUUGCUAAGUCUCCCCACUUAGGAAUGUAACCAAUGCCAUGUGUCACAUGUGUGCUUGUCCUCAGGGUCCUGGGUGGAAUUGGAGAUGAACAAAGCUGCGGCCGCGACUGUGGCGGGGUUGUCCCAGUCUGCCUCUGCCGUGGGCCAGGCUCUGGGGCUGCUCCCCCUGCCUCAGGUGGAGGAGGAGGUGGAGGCCAUGGUGGGGGGCCUGGAGCACGUGCCCUCCUCAUCCUCCAUCCAUAACGGAGACAUGGAGAGGAUUCUACUGGACGCUCAGCAUGAGUCCAGCCGCAGCAACUCUUCCUGUGACAGGUAGGGGGCAGAGUAUAGUUCGAAUCUUGGCCUUGUAAAACUAGGUAAAGAUAAUUAAAAACUUUAAUACAAUUAACAAACAGUUUAUUCACCUGUAACUCUUUUGAUUUCACUGGUGUGGGGUCACAUACUAGCCCCACAUUAAUUUAGAUGUAAUCUCUGAAUGUAUAUAGUAGUAUAUAUAUAGCAUAUAGUAUGAAGUAUGCUGUGAUGGCGAUAUAAAUAGAAUCUGUUUACAAUAGGAAACAACAUCCUCAUCACCUGUGGUCCCCCACCUAAUUUAAAUCCACUCACACUGUGUGCUUUCCAUUUCCGACCCAUGAGGGUGCCUGCCAUAAACCCAGGCUUAUCUGAUCUCCGGAGUCAGUCAGCUGUCAACGAGUCACCUGACAAUGUUUACCAGGGGUGUUUCUACAACAGCUUACUAACUGUAGAAGCUCACAGACAGACAGACAGACUCAUCCACUUUGAGGUUGCAGGCUGAGAGGCAAAGUGAGAUCAUAAUAGAGGCAAGAUCUGCAUGCACAUUUAGCCAUUAGAGAUGAAAUCUCUUGAUUAAUGCAUUGGGAAUUUGAACAUGCCCCAAAACUUCAACCUGAUUACUGCCUACAAGUAUACAUUCUCAUUUACCAAGGGAGAAAAUACUUGGAGUGCAGUGAUUGGCUGUAACAGUUUUUAUUUUGUUAUUUGAUCCUCUCCACAGUCCUCCCCGGCCUCAUAGUCCCCAGGAGGAUGAUCAUGAUGGACAGAUCAUAUUUGAUGUGGACGUGAGCAGCAGGAGAGACAGCCAAGUAGGAGUUAUUACUCAGUCUGCCUGAGCUGCAUACGUCACCUGUCUGUUUCCAUGGCAAUAUAACCUGCUGCUUCCCUCACUCUCUGUAUCCAUGUGAAUGACAACCAUAGCAUUUGUUACUAUGGUGAUGGCGGCAGUAAACCCCACCCCGGUGGGUUUGAAUCCAUGGGCAUGGCAGUAGCCACAGCUUCAGGUUCCAUUAUAGUUACACACACACACACACACACACACUCUCUGUCAGUGGAUGACAUGGCAACGCCACACUCUUGUCUGUUGAUAAUAAUAAUAAUAAUAAUAAUAAUAAUAAUAAUAUGCCAUUUAGCAGAUGCUUUUAUCCAAAGCAACUUACAGUCAUCGAACCCACUACCUUGGCGUUACAAGCGCCAUGCUCUAACAGCUGAGCUACAGAUGAUCUCCAUUUGAUGAAUGGAGAUGUUGCCGAUUGACUCUCUGUGCCUGUAAACAUGGCAGCCUCACACACAGGGUUUAUUGUAAGGUCUGUAUUGUAUGGGCGAUCGGCCAUAUAGUCUUAGUAGCUCACCCUAGGCAUCCUGGAUGAGCUUGUUGAUUGUACUAAGUUCAGUGUCCUAAUGCUCUGCAUGUGUUCCUGUGCAGUCAGAGGAGGAUGCCCUGGAGAAGGAGAGGGACAUGGAUAUCCUCAUGAAGGACUCAGACUGGGUAGCAGACUGGUCCAGUCGGCCCGAGAACAUUCCCCCUAAGUGAGUGAUGUACACAGUCCAUUGCCCCUAAAACAUACAAGUCUUAGUGUAUCUGGUCUUCUUGGUAAAUCCUAGUGUGUUUGCAUUAUACUACUUAUGUCUGAACAUUUUUGACAUGAUGAAGAUAAGAUUAAUAAUACUGUAAUGGACAACGUUGGUUAUGUUGAUGAGGAGGAUGUUAAAGUGGAUGAUGAGGAUGACGAUAAUGUUGAUAAUUAUGUGUCAUUGCCUGUAGGGAGUUCCAUUUCCGCCACCCCCGGCGUUCAGAUACACUCAGCAUGAGAAAUACAGGGGUGAUGAAGAAAGGAGGCGUCUUCUCUUCAGAGUUCCUCAAAGUGUUCAUCCCCUCGCUGUUACUGUCACACAUCCUGGUCCUGGGGCUGGGGUAAGAGCAAACAUAGGACACUAUUUGGCCAUCAACCUCAGCUAGGCAAUCAUUUGUGUGAUAAAUGUGAUGUCACUUUUUGUAUGGUUGUGAAAAAGCCAAGUGAUGACAUUUAUGGUUUGUUUCAACCCAUCAAUGGGUCUACCGGCAGAAUAACAUUUUCCAUCAUUUAGCCGUUAGCUGGCUAAGUAAACACUCUAUUCAUAGAUGAAUGUAGACACACACACCAAUUCCCAAAUGGAAUCUCAUGAACAGCUUUUCAUUUCCGUUAGUUUACAGUUGUUAGCAUACAAUUUGAAAACCCCAAUCUGAUCCAAUAUAGAAUGUGGUUAGGAAAAUUGUUUUGGGAAAUCAGAUACCCCUGGAACAGAACUGCAUGUACAGAAAAUUAUUAAACAUUAUAAUGUGCUCACACACACACACACUUCCAUGCAGUUUUCUGUAUAGACCAGCAGAGGGUGUGUGGCGGCUGCAGACAGUGGGCAGCUGCAAUGCUCCAGCCCUGUUUAUGUCUGGGUCUGGCUGGUAAAACAGCUGCUGCUGGGAUGGAUGGACACCUGCAUCACACCCUUAACACACACUUUAUGACAGCAUACAUUACACAUUACAUGACAUGGACACACUCCAUCUAUCGCUUAUCAACCUACUAGUUAUUGACUCAGGGUGUAACUGCCCUCUCCCUCUCUACCCCCUCAGGGUGUACAUUGGGAAGAGGUUGACCACGCCCCCUACGAGCUCUUUCUGAGCGGGAAGCUGAAGAAGUGCCUGAGGAGUGGCCGGAAUUUGUUGGGGGAAAUGUUGCUGUUGUGCGAAGAAUGCCCCUCUCUCCCCAAACUUUCAUUUUCUCUCUCUCUGUGUGCUUUUUCCCACCUUCCAAAGCAUUUCCUCCUCCUGUACCCUGCACAGACCUGAGAUGUGCUGUGUUCUCAGGACAGAUGCGUUGCCUUUCCUCUUAUUUUACCCCCCACCCCCUUUCUAUCAGUCAUUUUCUGACUGCUUCCAGAGUAAGGCCAUAUUCCCUUUUGCUCCUGUUUGUGUGGGUAUUUUGGGAAGCGGCAAAGCGUAAAACCAAACCAAACUCUUCUACACACUAGCUCCAGCACUCUGUAAUUGCCUGGUUGUACAGGAGAGAGCUGUCUACCCCACAGAUUUAGAAGAUUGUAGUAGCCCAAGAUCGUGCCACCUACAACGGUGGUUGGGUGAAACUCUCAAAACCUGAAAAGGUCCAACCAAAUUCAGAAAGAAAGAAGCUAACCUGAAGAUGUGAGCAUGCCUUUGAAAGUAAUCAUUUUGUUCAGAACUAGAAAUACAAUUUACUGUAGUUGUUAUGGUCUUUUCGUAUAAUUGUUUUUACCACCAGUGAUGUAUUGAUAAUGAUGCCUGGGUUUUGAUUAUGAAGGGUGUUACCAUAGAGGCCAUCUCAAACCCACAACCUCCUGACGCUGUGCACUGGAGGGAGUCUGCUUGGCCUGCCAGAUGAAAUGUGUACAAGACCUAUGGUAUCAGGAAUAUAUCUACACCUUGAUGGAAAAUAUCAUAUUACACAUGUAUCCAGUUGUUAAUCAUUAUAAAAAUGCCUGUCUUUUCAAAUGCAUAAAAAAAAAAUGAGAACGGACAUGAAUGACUGGAAAAUCAUGGAAAUAUUGCUCCUAUUAAAUGUACACUGACACACUGGGGAGGAAGUUGGGUAGCCACACUGGGGUGGGUAAGGUGUGUUUGUUCUGGUACAUGUCAUUCUCUUGUUUGUCUGUUUUGAGUUCUCUUCAACAUAUCAUGGGCCUAGUUAUUUAGGCCUGGUUCACUGGGUAGACCUCUGAUAUGCCUCCACAACUGUGACAGGGCAACUUCCCACCUUACACACUUGUACAACAUACAUGCAUACACUUAAGAACAAGCUCAUGUAGGUUGUUAGUCCAGCUGGAGAGAGAUAAACCCUGAUGUUUCACCACACUGAUAGCAGGAGCUGGAAUGGAGUCCAGAUGCAGACUAGUUUGAGAGGCACAACCCCAUGUACAAACUCAAGCAUGCUCUGAAUGUCACGGCGACCUAUGUCACAGUGCCAAAAGAUGGACAGCAGGAUUUCAAAGUUGACACAAUGUGCUGUUUGUACUAACACCACCAUUGUACCUUGUUGAGGUCAACCUCUUGUUACAGUAUCUUAUUUUUAUUUCCCUUUACACAACUGCCAAAAGGAACUGAGGGCCACCUUGAAACUCAACUGUUCUGAGUAACCACGUGCCUCACUUCUGUUCCCAAGCCUCCAUCGUGGUUCUUUUGGUCUCAUUGUCUGUCUGUGAUCAGACAGUGAGAGGCUACUCUAUGGCAUGUAUUUGGGUUUUAAAAAAAUUCUCAAUGAGUUUUAUUGUCUGUAUUGUUGUGACAUUGGAGUCUGAACACACAGAGCAUGAGGUAUAGCUACAGGGAUUUAAUGAAGAUUAUGUUUUAAAUCUGAAAUUAGGAUGUUAGAAAGACACCUUGCAGGGCCCAAAGUGAAAAGUAAAAUGUAUGUGUAGAAAUGGUUCCCCUCGACUGCUAUUCUAACAACAGUUAUUAUCUUACACAUCCUUUUGAUUUAAUUUGAUGUUUUUUCCCCUCACUGGAAAAUGUAAAAAAUAAUUUGUGAUUAAAAUUCCCUGAAUCAAGCUGAAUUGUUGCUAAGGAUUCUUUUGUGACUGAUCAACUAUACUGAAC